GCCGGGGAGCGGCCGCCGGCGCCCUGAAGGGAACCGGGAGGGCGCGCCGGAGCCCCACGCCCGGCCAACUCUUCUCGGCCAGGGCGAGGGGCAGCAGAGACUCGCCGGCGCUUGGCCGGGAGGAGACGGAGCGGGCGCCCGGAGCCGCCAGGGAAGAGAAGGAGGAGGCAGGAGUCUCUCUUGGCAAAAUGCCGGGCGGCAACCCUCGUGAGCGCAGGGCCAGGAGAAGCGCCGAGGAGCGGCAGCCUUUGGCCCCGGACAGCCUCGGGGCAGAAGCGGGCGCCUGGGGCGUCUCCUUGACCGACGGCCAGAAAGCGCCGCGAGCGCCAGGCAAAGGUUCCCGCGAGGAAGGGCGCACCGGCAGGCUGAGGGGAGCGGCAGGCGGCGGCGAAGAGUGGAGGCUGAGCAGCACGACCUUUGCCCUCGCCGGAGACUCGGCCCACAACCAAGCCAUGGUGCACUGGUCCGGCUACAACAGCAGCGUGAUUCUCAUUCUUACAAAGCUGUAUGACUUCAACUUGGGAAGUGUUACUGAAAGCUCGCUCUGGAGGUCCACAGAUUAUGGGACUACUUAUGAAAAGCUAAACGACAAGGUGGGACUGAAAACAGUGCUGAGUUACCUUUACGUCAGUCCUACUAAUAAGAGAAAGAUAAUGCUCUUGAGUGAUCCUGAGAUUGAAAGUAGCAUACUGAUCAGUAACGACGAAGGCGCCACCUAUCAAAAAUAUCGGCUCAGCUUCUACAUCCAGAGCCUGCUGUUCCAUCCUAAGCAAGAAGACUGGAUUCUAGCCUACAGCCUUGACCAAAAGCUUUAUAGCUCUAUGGAUUUUGGAAGAAGAUGGCAGAUUAUGCAUGAACGGAUUACUCCGAACAGAUUUUACUGGUCCGUCACGGGUUUGGACAAGGAGCCUGACCUUGUACACAUGGAGGCUCGCACAACAGAUGGACAUGCCCAUUAUAUAACCUGUAGGAUUCAAGAAUGUUCAGAGACUACCAAAAGCGGACCUUUUUUGCACUCUAUUGACACAAGCUCUCUCGUCGUCCAGGAUGAGUACAUUUUCAUUCAGGUGACGACUGGUGGAAGAGCAAAUUACUAUGUGUCCUACAGAAGGGAACCCUUCACGCAAAUAAAAUUGCCCAAGUACUCGCUACCAAAGGACAUGCAUAUUAUCAGCACAAAUGAGAAUCAGGUGUUUGCGGCAGUUCAGGAAUGGAACCAGAAUGACACAUACAACCUUUACAUUUCUGACACCCGAGGGAUCUACUUCACCCUAGCCUUGGAGAACGUCAAGAGCAACCGAGGACUAGAGGGGAAUGUCGUCAUUGACCUUUAUGAGGUAGCAGGGAUCAAAGGCAUAUUCCUGGCUAACAAGAAAGUGGAGGACCAAAUUAAGACUUUCAUCACCUACAACAAAGGGAGAGAUUGGCGUUUGCUGCAGGCUCCAGAUUCAGAUCUGAGAGGAGACCCCAUACACUGUCUGCUGCCCUUCUGUUCCUUGCAUUUGCAUUUGCAAAUCUCAGAAAACCCCUAUACUUCAGGCAGCAUCUCGAGCAAAGAGACGGUUCCUGGACUUCUGGUUGCUACAGGCAAUGUGGGUCCAGAAUUAUCAUACACAGAUGUUGGCAUGUUUGUUUCUUCAGAUGGAGGAAACUCCUGGAGACAGAUCUUUGAGGAAGAGUACAAUGUGUGGUUCCUUGACUGGGGUGGAGCUCUUGUAGCCAUGAAACAUACGUCAAUGCCCAUUGUCCAUUUGUGGGUGAGUUUCGAUGAAGGAAGGACCUGGAAUAAAUAUGGCUUCACAUCAAAACCUCUCUUUGUGGAUGGGUCCCUCGUGGAGCCAGGCAUAGAAUCACAGAUAAUGACGAUUUUUGGCCAUAUUAAUCUCCGCUCUGAAUGGCAGCUAGUAAAAGUAGAUUACAAAUCUUUCUUUAGCCGGAGGUGCAACAAGGAUGACUUUCAGACGUGGCAUCUGCACAACCAGGGUGAACCUUGUGUUAUGGGAGAGAGGAAGAUCUAUAAGAAACGUAAAGCAGGGGCCUGGUGUGCACUGACUAGAGAUUAUUCAAGAACAGUUGUCUCAGAACCUUGCAUAUGUGCGGAAUGGGACUUCGAAUGUGACUAUGGGUACGAAAGACACAGUAAUAAUCAAUGUAUCCCAGCAUUCUGGUUCAGCCCAUCUUCCCAACUGAAAGAAUGCAGCCUUGGACAGAGCUACCUGAACAGCACUGGGUAUCGGAGGAUUGUUUCGAAUAACUGCACAGAUGGACUGCGGGAAAAGUAUGCUGCCAAGCCUGGACAGUGCCCGGGCAAAGCUCCCCGAGGUCUGCAUAUCCUCACAUCCAAUGGCAAGUUGGUUGCGGAACAAGGGUUCAACACAACCUUCAGAAUCCUCAUGGAAGAGGGUGAUCUCCAGAGGACAAAUAUCCAACUAGAUUUUGGAGAUGGUACUGCUGUGUCCUAUGCUAAUUUCAGCCCUAUAGAGGAUGGUAUCCGACACAUUUAUAAGAGCACUGGGAUCUUCCAAGUGACAGCCUAUGCAGAAAACAACCUGGGUUCUGAUCUGGCAGCACUCUUCCUGCAUGUGAUCUGUCCAGUAGAGCGUGUCGAUUUGAGGGUCCCCUUUGUGGCUAUCAGGAAUAAGGAAGUAAAUAUCACAGCUGUGGUUUGGCCCAAUCAGUCGGGUACCCUCACAUACUUCUGGUGGUUCGGCAACAACACAAAGCCAUUCAUCACCUUGGACAGCAGCAUCUCUUACACUUUUACUACGGAAGGAAGGAAUACCGUCACAGUGCAGGUCUCAGCUGGCAGUGUCCUCAUCCAGGACACCAAGAACAUUGCUGUACAUGAAUAUUUCCAGUCUCAGUUAUUAUCAUUCUCUCCCAAUUUGGAUUAUCACAAUCCGGACAUACCUGAAUGGAGAGAGGAUAUUGGCAGAGUCAUCAAGAGAGCCUUGGUGCAAGUGACUGGCAUCCCUGAAGAGCAAGUUUUGGUGGCUGUGUUCCAUGGUUUGCCCACCUCUGCAGAGCUUUUCAUACUGCCCCAUCAAAACACCUCUGAGAGAAGGAAAGGCAGUGAAGGUGACCUGGAGCUGGCUGUUGAAAUCCUCUUCAAUGCUUUGAAUCAGAAUCUGGUCCAAUUUGAGCUGAAGCCUGGAGUGGAAGUCAUUGUGUAUGUCACUCAACUAACGUUAGCACCUCUCGUCGACUCUGGUGCCGGGCACAGCAGUUCAGCCAUGUUGAUGCUGCUGUCGGUGGUCUUCGUGGGCUUGGCUGUUUUUUUAAUCUACAAGUUUAAAAGGAAAAUCCCAUGGAUUAACUUCUAUGCUCAAGUCCAGCAUGACAAAGAACAGGAAAUGAUUGGUUCUGUCAGCCAAAGUGAAAAUGCCCCCAAGAUCACUCUGAGUGAAUUCACAGACCCUGAAGAACUCAUGGACAAAGAGCUGGACACACGGGUUAUAGGGAGCAUCUCAACGAUCUCCAACAGUGAAAGCACAAAGGAAAUACCCAACUGCACUAGUGUUUAAUACCAGGAAUACCACUUUGACUACAAAAUUUCUGAGUUUUUAUUUUUAAUUAAUAUUAUUAUUAUUAUUACAAAGAAAAUUCUAUGUCAUAAUGAGGACUAUUAUUAUUAUUAUUAUUAGGGAGGGAGGGGGCGCAGAAUGUGGUUUUCUUUUUUCUUUUUUUGGUGUUAUUUUGUUUUCUGGGGCCACAUUCAUAAAUUCAGUUUUUGGAAAACUGUAUAAUAGAAGAAAAAAUACAAGACUUCAUGGAAACCAGAAAUAAUAUAACCCUGAACUUAAUUUUUUGGGCACAUUCUCUAUUUCCCCUUUCAGAAAAUAAUUGGGCUAUUCUGCCAGUGGCGGUCUCAGAAGGUUAUUUAAUUGUUCAUACUAGACUUGCUCCUGUAGAAUGAAUGCAGGGUUCUAUUCUCGCUUGACACCCUGUUGGAUUCAAUCAACUGAGUAUAUAUAUACAUAUAUAUAAUAUCCUGUAUAUCUUUUAAAAUGGGGAAUAAUAAAGCCUUCUGAAGUUGACUCCUUAGAUUCUCAUGGGGGUGGGCAGGCUGCACAAAAUAACGGCUGGCACAUCUGACCAAGUUUAUGAAUGAGGCCCUUGCUGGUGCAUGUUGAUACUGUUGGUAUUGAGGAAACCGAUGGCAUACUGUAGAUAAUUACCAUGUAAAUACCUUUUUAUUUCUUGAUAAAUAAUUUAAUGUUUAGUAAAAGAUAAAUUUAAAAUGAAUAAACCACACUCACCCACACACCUUCACACCCACAUGAGAAGUUCACUGGGGAUCUGCGGCGAGCAGCUGUGUCACAUGGGAGAUCUGGACGCGUAUCAGUUGUCUGUCAUGUUUAACUCUUUCCUUUUUGUGUUCAGUUGACACUGGUAGGGACCUGCAACAAGAAGGCAAUAUAUCUGGGUUGUGAACACUUCAAAAUGCAAUACAGUCAAGAUAUUGGUUCUUCCUCAGAAGCAGAAGUGUAGGGCUUGGAAUGAGUCUAGCUUAGAAACACUAUGCUGAGUCCAUUAUAUUCCCAGUCUAUUUAACAGGUUGUGCAAGAAAAUAUGCUUCAGUUUGAGAAGAUCAAAUAAUUGUGGCAUCAAUGUUGGGUUGCAUUCAGUGUUGGAUAGUAUCCAAGAUUUAUGCUUGUGCUCCACCUACCUUUUCUCCCCCUGCACACCUGCUAAAUCUGUUUUGGAUUUCCCCUCAACCCUCCAGAGCAGAUUUGGAGAGGGCACAGGGCAUGUGUGGGAGAGGAGAGGGGAUAAACGUCUGCUGCACAAGCAUAAAUCCUUGCACUAAUGAAAUCAGUGCAAAGGAUUGUUAUCCUUUGGUGUUGCUCCUAUUACAGUCCUGUUUGAUUUUUAAUCCUCUAGCCUCCCCAGAAUUUCUCCUGACUAGUCUUAGUUACUAGUGGCAUGCAUUUAGCACACAGCCAUUUUACUGGACUUCCAGUUUCUGAUUCGGCAAAUGAUGGUGGUGGGGAUGAUGGCUCUCUGUGUUGGUUAUGUCUAGUAUUUUUAGUUCUUAGCAGCUAUCCAGUGAAAUGCAUAUGAGAUCAGAAACGCCAGCUUUUGAAAAAUACCAUGGCGUAUUAUUAUCCUCAAUCUGAAUAGCCUUGAGAAGUAAUGGGACAAUGUCAUUAGGAUUUACAGGUGGCGGACUUUUUCAUUGCAGUAAAGUAAAUGGCAGUUGUAUUCCUGGUGAAGCAGUUUUUGAUUAUAUUAAUGGUGCUAUUAAUGAUAUUAAUUAUGCCUGAUUACUUAACUAGUCUGAAAUCAUGUCUGUGCAGUAAAAAAAAGUCCAUACAAUGGACGAACCAUUCAGAAGAGGGCCAAAUUGGUCAUGGUGUUGGCAAAUGUAAAUCAGCCACGAGGAUUUUCAUCAUAUCUGUAAAGGAACCAUUUCUCCCAACAGUCUCCUUCCAAAGCAGCUAUAUUUUAAAGCCAUGUGCCCCUCUGGGGCUCCACGACUAUAGAGCACUACACUGAAAGAAAAAUAGCUCAGCAAUGUGGUUUUAGGUAGAAAACACAACUGAAGGAAGUAUUCAAUAGUAUAAAAGUGUAAUCACUGUGGCUUCCUCAACCUCUUACCCCCAUAAACUCAAACCGUCACCCAUGGAAGGGGAAAAAAAUCUCUAAAAGUAAAACCUUAUCCUAAGACAAUGAAGUUCUUGAUAGAAUCAGAUGCUGAAAAUAUAAGCAAUUAAUGUGGUCACUGCUCCUAUGUCCUUAGUAGCAGCCAGGUGAUCAACAGUUGAAGCUUAUAUUGGCUUGAAGAUACACAUGAUUAAUUUCUGCCUGAUGUUAAAAACUCUGGAAAACUUGCUAAGAAAAAAGGGGUGGCAACAUUAUUUACUGGUAAGGGUUUUAUAAGAUUUAGGAGAUAAAGACUCAGCAUGAAACACACAUGGGUGUAAUCCUAUACAUACUUAUUUGGGAGGAAGUUCUGCUGAACUCAGUAGGGCUUAUUUUAAUAGAGAUGCUUACAGUUAUUGUUUUGCUUUCUUCGUCCAUUAGAUGAGCCUGAAAAAGUCCUAGGCGGGUAGUGUAUUUCUGCAAAUAUAUCUAUUCUCAUUGUCAUUUAAGGCCCAGAAUGUUUCCAUACAUUCCAGGGACUCUGAAGCCUAAACAUAUCCUCUUAAUUGGACAGCAGAUUUAUUUCCAUGGGGUGCUGAGUCUUAAAACCAGUCAUAUCCUGGAGUCAUAUUCUUAAACUCAUCAAUUUAAUUAAAUGGGACAGCCCUUAUUCAUUUUAAAUGAGCUCCCUAUCAUUUAAUUUGUUCAACAUUCCAGAACAGGAUCUUACACACCACCUUUCCAGGGAGUGUUGAAAAAGUCUGUGAUACCUAUAGGCAGCUAGUUUAUGGUUUAUCCAAAACAAUAGCCAUAUUAGGGAUUGGAAAGAGUGCCACUAUGAUGGUAUUUUGAAAUGCAUGCUCUGCAAGAUCUUGCAUUACGUGACACCACUGGUGGCAGUGCUUCACUGCUGGCAGUGGCAAUGGGGCAGGUGGGGCCCCCCAAGUUUCUGCCCCCUGAAACAGCGGCCUCACCUGCCUCACGGCUGGGUCAGCUCUGCCCUGUUCUCUAUUGUUUAUUGGCUUUGAGGUUUUUGCAAUAGAAUAACCCAUCCUCCUCCUUCCCAAUUAUAUAGUUGCUGAAUCCCUUCCCCACUUCCUGCUUCAGUCACUGAAGUGUGCUAAGUUCUGUGUCCAAACAAUUCUCUGUUGCAGCGUACACCAAAACUGAUUUACCUAUUCUGGAAGUAUAAAGAUAGUGCAAUGCUAUACAUUUUAACUCAGCCCAUUGAUUUCAGUGAAGCUUACUCCCAGGUAAAUAGGUAUAGAGACUGCAGCCAAAGAAAAAGGAGAAAGAUUACUGUAGGGUGGAGAGAGAUCAAUCAGCCUAUGAUUGUGGAUGUCAAAUGGUUAGCCGUCUGAGGAGACAGAAGGCUAUGUUCUCUUGCUGGCACUUACUAAGUCAUGAUACUUUAAUCCCUCUUGUUUGGACUAGGUGUUGCAUGACAUCUUGCCUUCCAGCCCUAAAGACCAUCCCCCCAUCUGUGCGGCCUGAGUUUGACUCAAGUGCUGAGUCCACUAUGUGUUGUGCCAGCCUUGGAUACAAAGCAACUCUGCCUAAUCCUGUGCCAGUCAGGAUGCCAGGGGCAAUAUUAACCCAACUUAUCAACCUCUCAUGGAGUUUUUCACCGAACACAGCUUGGCCAGAAUGACAGAAUGGAAAUCCAAAUCCUCUGUUGUUGGAAGCUGGCAAACUGGCACUGUUCCCUACCCUCCUUUCAUUUCGAGAUUUAAAUGAGACAGACAACUGCAAUACUUAUUUUAAAAGAAGUAAGACAAAUGCAUGAGUCAUAUAUAUAUACAUAAGUACAUAUAUAUACUGUUAUUGGUUUUAUUGUUCCAUUUGAAUAUUUCUACUGUAAAAAAAAAGGCAGUGGUUUUGAAAUUGUUGAAAAUAAAUGUAUUUUUGUACAUCA